AUGGAUAAGGCACGUUUUCAAAAUGGUCCCCAGGCGGGUCCCCGAAAGGGGGAAUCCCGCCCAUCCGCCUCGGCGGGUGGCAGCCCCUCGUACUCUGGGGGGGGCAAAAACUGCCUCGUGGGUCGGCCAGAAGUCGACCCUCGUGAACACAACGAACGCACUAGUAUAAUGGAAACUGAUUUUGCAUAUGACGUAGGGUCUGAGACGGACGGCGGUAGGGAGUCCGAGACGGACGUGGAAAAUCGAUUCUCUGAGGGGAGCUCGCGCGCGGUGUCGCGCUCUGGAUCGGCCGGAGAGGAGGUAUCCUCGAGGGUUCCCAAGCGCGCCGCCCCCCAGUCGGACGAACCGUUGGAGCCCGAAAGGGCCCCGAAGGUUAACACGGCUCGUAGGGGCAGGCCUGUGAAAACCUACCCCGGUGCGUCGGCGUCAGGGAGGGGUCGUUCCAACUCGGCAGAGUGGAACGCCUUCCAGAAGGAGGCGGACGCCACCUUUUUCAAAGAGGCCCUCAGGGGCCCGGGCCAGGCCGGGGUGGCUGAACCCGAGGUCACGGUGGGCCUCAGGAGAGAGUCUCUGGCCCAGGAAGCACGAGACGGCCUCGCGGCCAUUCUGGCGGAGACCGCCAAGUCUUCUAAUUUAAAGGGGACGGUGGUGAAGGCCAUAAAAGAGGCCGUCAGAAAGGUGGAAGGAGCCGUAGACUUCCUCCAUCGCGGAGAGACGGCGACUGAGGCAGCCCGGCGGAUGUCAGAGGACAACCGCCGGAUGAGGGGGCAGCUUGCUGCCUUAGAGACGGAGAUGAAGGCCCUGAGGGGGGCCUACUCCUCUGCCAUGGCCAAGGCCAAGACACAGGUGGCUCCACCGCCGUGCAGCUCUGCGGAGAUGCACGCGGGGGUGAGGGAGGCCAUUGACGACCUAAGGCGGGACAUCUUCACCUCCAUGAAGAACAUGGUGGACGCCCGCCUAGGCGACAUUGAGCGACGCCUCCCUGUCGAGACCCUAAGGCCUCCUCUGGGCGGCAGAAGAGGGACGCCCGCCCCCGAAGCGGCGCUCACCGCCGCCGCCUCUGCGGCCGCCUCCAGGAUGCCUCCCGUCGCGGCGGCCUCCGAGCCAACCCCGGGCCCCUCCCCGGCCCGAAACGCGAUCGCCGGCCCGCGGCCUAAGACGGCCAAAAAGAAGGCUCCCCCGCCGAAGACUGCGGCCGCCCCUCCUACGGCGGCUGCAGCUGCCCCGGCCGCCCCUGCCGUUCCUGGUGCGGCGGCCUCCGCGUUGACCGACCAGGAAACGCCCUGGUCACAAGUGGUCGGCCGCAAGGCCAAGAAGGCCAGAAAGGCUGCUGCCGCCCCCCAGGCGGCACGGGCCCCCGCCAAGGCUGCCCGCAAGACGGCUCCCGGACCCAGAGCUCUCGCCACCCCGAAAUCCUCGGCAGUGGUGAUUACCCUGCGGCCUGAGGCGGUGGUGGAAAAAGGGGCCUCGUAUAGAGGGGUCCUCGAGGCGGCGACCGCAGCUGUCAACCUGGGCGACCUCGGCAUACCGCACGUGCGGGUGCGGAACACCCAAACGGGUGCCCGCAUAUUAGAGGUGCCUGGGGCGACCAGCACCGAGAAGGCCAACAAGUUGGCGGCCAAACUGGAGGAGGCGAUCGGGGGGCUAGUAAUAGUAACGCGGCCAACCAAAACCGCCGAUCUGAGGGUCACCGGCCUAGACGAGUCGGUGACCCCGGAGAAGAUCCGAGCGGUGGUGGCCGCGAAGGGACAAUGCCCCCCGUCUCAGGUGAGCGUGGGAGCCAUUAGGCUGGCCUCGAAUGGGAGGGGGUCUGCCCUAGUCCGCUGCCCAAUAACGGCAGCCAAAUUGGUGGCGGCUGCCGGCCGCCUGUUGGUGGGGUGGUCCUCCGCCGGGGUCCACGUCAUGGAACCCUUCCCCAUGCGCUGCUUCAAGUGCAUGGGGAUUGGUCACACCAGAGCCCUCUGCCCGUCCAGUGUGGACAGGAGCGGGCUCUGUUUCAGGUGUGGCCAGGCGGGGCACUCAGCAUCCGGGUGCACGGCGACCCCGCGGUGCUCGGUCUGUACCGCGGUGCGCCGUCCAGCGGACCACGUAAUGGGGGGGCGAUCUUGCGCUCCCCCCAACCAAGGGCAAGCCGGCGGGGACCUCAGGCCCCCCCCCCCAUUGAGGGACAAUGUAGUAUGGAGCAGUAAUGCCAGGCCGCCACCAUAA